GACGCGCAUGCGCUCUGUGGCGGCGGGCUCCUGUGAUGGCGGCGGCCAAAGCUGACGCGGGCAGCGUGCGCUCUGGCAUGGCGGGGACUGUGUGCCCUGCGGUGGACGAGGCGGGGGCCGCGGGCCCUGCGAUGGAAGAGGCGGGGGCCGCGGGCCCUGUGGAGCCCGAGCCCGAGGUGCCGCCGCCGCCGCUGCCGGGGCUGCAGCUGGUGCGGCAGGGCGCCGAGGCCCACGUGUACCGGGGGCUGUUCCUCGGGCGGGCGGCGGUGGCCAAGCUCCGCGUUCCGAAGCGGUACCGCCACCCGGCGCUGGAGGAGCGGCUGAGCCGGCGGCGGACGGCGCAGGAGGCCCGGUCGCUGCUGCGGUGCCGGAGGGCAGGGAUUUCGGCUCCAGCGGUCUACUUCGUGGAUUCUGUCACCAACUCCAUAUAUCUUGAAGAUAUUGUAGACUCAGUUACUGUUCAGGAUCAUAUCAAUUCUGUACAACGGAGUGGUAAUUGUACCAGUAGCCUCGUUCCCUUAGCAGAGAAGAUGGGUGAGCUGCUGGCAAGAAUGCACGAUGAAGAUCUUAUACACGGGGACCUUACAACUUGCAAUAUACUUCUCCGGCCCCCCACAGAGAAGCUGGACUUGGUGCUGAUAGACUUUGGACUCAGUUUUAUUUCAGGUCUUCCAGAGGAUAAAGGGGUUGAUCUGUAUGUUCUGGAAAAAGCCUUCCUUAGCACUCAUCCAGAUACUGAAGCUCUGUUUCAAGCUCUGCUAAAGACCUAUGCAGCUGCAUCUAAAAAAUCUGGCCCUGUGAUCAAAAGGCUGGAUGAAGUACGACUAAGGGGAAGGAAGCGAUCCAUGAUUGGGUAGAAGAGAGAGGACUUAGGGAUGGAGAAAUAGCACUACUUACGUCCUGCAAAUGUGGUUGUUUAUGCUUCCUGUUGGUUUUAUUUAACAGAUCACUAUUUCCAUAACUUUGUCUCCAAAUAAAUAAAUUUGAGUUAGUUUUAA